AUAGUAAUAAUAAUACCUAAUAAAUAAUAGUAAUUAAGAAUAAAAACAGUGCAUACCUGUUUAAACUUUAAAUGUCAAACAUAACCUCACUAUCAUUGAAAGACGCAUUUGUGCCAAAAUUGCAAAAAAAUUCACCAUCAGACGCAAAUUCCAAGUUUCGAAGAGCAAUUAUUAAUAAGUGGUCCUUUAACUCAAGUUAUUAUUACGUCAGAAAAUCUGGAUGAUUACCAUUAAAUUCAGGCAGUAAUGUAGCUUCCGCUUCUCUACUUGAAUGAACUUCAACAUGGAUUCAGAACUUGCAAAUAUAUAGUACACUUCCUUUGAUAACUGUAUAUAUAGAACUAUAUGAAAUAACAUAAUUUACGAAAAGCAUAUAUAUCUGAUAAUAUAAUUCCAUCUAAAUUGUCAAUAUGUAAUUUGAAGAAAUUAACAACUCAUUAAAACUUUUGUGUACGCAGAAAAAAAAAAACUUCUAGCAGACAACGACUUCCGGUAUCCCUGAAACUAUGCAAAAAUUCAACAUCAAAAACCGGAUAUCAAUGCAUAAUCGAAAGUGAAACGUCAUUCUUUGUGUGAUUUACGCAGCAAUAAAAAAGAAAAUAAUAAUAAUAAUAAUAAUAAUAUGCUGGAAUUAGUCAAUGAAAUUAGAAAACUAGUGAUAUAUGAUCCAGUUUGCAUUGACAAUGUUGUCUUUCGAAUUUACACACGUGCUACUGUUUUAUUUUUGACACUUUGUUCAGCACUUCUUACAUUUAAAACCUAUUUUGGCAAUCCAAUUAACUGCUUUAGAACUGAGAAUUCAAAUAUACCAAUAGAAGCGAUAAAUUCAUUUUGUUGGGUUACAAGCACAGCUAUAGUUGCUGAGAAAACACCAGGAAUCAAAGGAAUCGACAAUGCUGGUUUGGGAAUGCGUCCAUCUCAAAAUGAAUCCGAUUUGAUUGAACAACAAUAUUACAAAUGGGUUUGCUUAUUCCUUGGACUACAAGCACUUAUGUUUUACAUACCUCGUGCCUUAUGGAUCGUUUGGGAACGAAAUAUUAUGAGUUUUCUCGCAAAAGAUUUAGCAACUCCUCUAGCACAGAAUGUUUGGACUGAAGAAAAACGAAAUCAUCUCACUAAUUAUUUUUCUAAUUCCUAUAUGAAUUCGAAUAAUUUUUAUGCUAUUCGUUUCUUUGUUUGUGAAUUACUCAAUCUUUUAAAUUCCAUAAGCCAAAUUUACUUUCUUGAUCUAUUGCUAAAUGGAAAAUUUUCUCUACUUGGACCCGCUGCAGUGACAUUUGCAACAGCAUACGAUACUAAAAAAAUGAUUGAUCCUUUAAAACAAAUUUUCCCAUUGACUGGAAAAUGCACACUAAACACCUACGGUCCCUCAGGAACAAUUCAAUAUUACGAUGCAUUUUGCAUUUUGUCACUCAAUAUUAUAAAUGAAAAGAUAUUUAUUAUUUUAUGGUUUUGGUUAAUUAUUCUUUGUAUUCUUGGCACAAUUACCAUAAUCUACAGACUCGUCAUGUUUACGCAUCCAUGGGCAAGAAUUUAUUUAUUGCAAGCACAAACUCGAUUUCUUGAAAGGAAAAAAAUCAUAAAUGUGGUAAGAGAACUUCCUUUCGGAGAUUGGUUUAUAUUGUAUCAACUUGCUGAGAAUGUGAAUCCCGUUGUAUUCAGAGAACUUGUUGAACAAUUGAAUAUAAAAAUUACAAAAAAUCCUAAUGAAUGUGCCUAAUAUGAUAAAUGUGAAAAAAGUAUUGAAAAUUUUGUACUUAAUAUUUUCUAUUUUUAUAAAUAAAAAAAAAAUGCAUAUCAA